CAUGCAGAGCUCCGAGGGAGGGUCAGACACCACGACCAGCGUGGCAGCGCUGCGGACGUCAUCAUCAGCUCAGGCUCCUGUGGUACAGCCUGUCCCAGCCUCUCAGCAGAGGGUGCUGGUUCAAGCCACAGGCUCAGCUCAGAAGGGAGGACAAGUACAGCAACUUUCAGUACCCAGGGUUCAACAGGUCCCUCAGCAGGUACAGCAGGUGCAACAUGUCUACCCAUCACAGGUCCAAUAUGUAGGAGAAAGUGGAGAUGCUGUUUACACCAAUGGAACAAUCCGAGCGGCCUAUUCCUACAACCCCGAGUCUCAGUUGUAUGGGCAGGGCAGUGGGGGAACCUACUUUGACUCACAGGCUGGGGGAGCUCAUGUCACCACAGUGGUCUCUUCUGCCAGUGGGGGGGUGCCCCCUCAUGGCAUGGUGGGCAUUGCUAUGGACGUUGGCAGCAGCCACAUUAUCUCCAGUGGAAGCACCUACCUGAUCCAUGGAGGAAGUAUGGAGGGAAGCCGCAACCACAUAUCACACUCAUCACGCUCCUCUUCGGCUAUGCUUGAAAUGGCGAUUGAAAACCUCCAAAAGUCUGAAGGAAUUGCAAGUCACAAAAGCAGCCUGCUCAACAGCCAUCUGCAGUGGCUGCUGGACAACUAUGAGACAGCGGAGGGAGUGAGCCUGCCCCGCUGCUCACUGUAUAACCAUUACUUGCGGCACUGUCAGGAACAGAAACUGGAUCCGGUCAACGCAGCCUCCUUCGGCAAGCUCAUCCGCUCAGUCUUCAUGGGCCUGAGGACCCGCCGCCUGGGCACCAGAGGCAACUCUAAGUAUCAUUACUAUGGCAUCCGGGUGAAGCCAGACUCUCCACUCAACCGGCUGCAGGAAGACACCCAGUACAUGGCCAUGAGGCAGCAACCUGUCCACCAGAAACAGAGGUUCAAGCCUCUACAGAAAGUGGACGGUAUGUCUGACAGCCUGUGUGGGAGCUCUCAGCACUGUAACAGCACUCCAGAGCAGUCCGUGGCUGCUCAGAGCCAACACCACCAGCAGUACAUAGAUACGUCCCACACCUUGCCUACAUUUCCCUCUCCUGACUUGGGCACCCAGCCUCUGCCUGAGCGCAUCAACAUGAACGAUAUCAAGAAGCUGCAGACACUCUACAGAGACCACUGUGAGGCUACAUUGGAUGUUGUGAUGAACCUCCAGUUCCACUACAUUGAGAAACUCUGGCAGACCUUUUGGUAUUCAACAUCGCCAUCUAGUGACGGAAAUACUACCAUCCCCAGCAGUGAUGAUGACCUGGAAGGUGUGAUCCCCACCGAGAAGCUGGUGGCUCUGUGUAAAUAUGAACCAAUCAGACUAUGGAUGAGGAGCUGUGACCACAUCCUCUACCAGGCUCUGGUAGAGAUCCUCAUCCCUGAUGUGCUGCGUCCUGUUCCCAGCACUCUCACUCAGGCCAUCCGUAACUUUGCCAAGAGUCUGGAGGGCUGGCUGACUAACGCCAUGACCACCUUUCCUCAAGAGAUCGUCCGCACCAAGGUGGCGGUGGUCAGUGCGUUUGCCCAGACACUGAGACGUUAUACCAGUCUGAACCACCUGGCCCAGGCAGCUCGCGCCGUCCUCCAGAACACCUCCCAGAUCAACCAGAUGCUCUCUGACCUCAACCGGGUGGACUUUGCCAACGUCCAGGAGCAGGCAUCAUGGGUGUGUCAGUGUGACGAGAGCGUGGUUCAGCGUCUGGAGCAGGACUUUAAGGUCACCCUGCAACAGCAGAGCUCUCUGGAUCAGUGGGCCACUUGGCUUGACAACGUGGUGUCUCAGGUCCUGAAGCCUCACCAGGGCAGCCCCAGCUUCCCCAAAGCUGCACGCCAGUUUCUGCUCAAAUGGUCCUUCUACAGCUCCAUGGUUAUCAGAGACCUGACCCUGCGUAGUGCAGCCAGUUUUGGCUCUUUCCACCUGAUUCGCCUGCUAUAUGAUGAGUACAUGUUUUACCUGGUGGAACACCGUGUGGCUCAGGCCACAGGAGAAACUCCUAUUGCCGUCAUGGGAGAGUUCAGUGACCUGAGCUCAAUGAUGCCAUCACUAAUGGAAAAAGAUGCGUCCUUCUCCGACGAGAUGAGUGAUCUGGGCAGUGAUGCUGACGUGUCCAGAGGGCCUACUGAACCAGCUGUAAAGAGAGAGAGGAUUGAAAUGAACCACCCUCUGCAGGAGAUGUGAGUCGAGUCUGAGCAGGGCCGGACCAGCAUCUCUCCCUACAAAGGGGCUUUUUGAGGUCCUUUGGGACGCAGCGGCUUUUGGGCCGACCACACUGCGUCCUCCUGCAGUCAGUGUGUGCAAUGUACAUAAAGAAAGUAGCAGUGUCAGUCCUCCCCUCACUAGCGUUCAUAAGGAUGGUGAUCUUUCUCCCAGGAAGCUCAUGUCUUUUUUUUUUUUUACUCAAAGGGGUAUAACACAGGUCUGAUUUUCUUUCUGGUUUUUGUUGCAACUGUGAAUGACUUUGUGCAGUACCUUUUUAUUGGAUGUGUAACUUUUGAGUGGUGGUGUGUGGUGUUUGUGAUUCUUCUCUUUUUAUUUUGACUAGCUGUGCCAUAGUGUAAUUUGAGUGCCUUAGAUCGCUAACUUUGAAACCACCACUACAGAUGUCUAUCUGUCCCUCAGCUGUGCCUCUACCGCAGUAUGAAUGUAUCGUCUCCAAACCUCAGACAUUCAAAGCACCUUUAACAUUGAUUAGGUGUAGGUGUGUAACACUCCUUGUUGCCUCUGCUGCAGCUUGCAGCAAACACAUACAUGAAAAACAUGCAACCUACAGACCCAAAGGACCUUUCCCUCAGUCGUUCCCACCAGCUUAGCCAUAGUUGUGGCUCUGUAGGGCCUCAUAGUCUCACAGUAGUCAGGAAGGCGGAGAACUCGUGUUACCUGUGUAAGAUGUUGGUUUGUUUACCUCAAUAGAUUUCUAUGCUGUGCUCCGUUCGGCUCAGAUGACAUGAGGCGUAUUUAAAAUAAAUAAAAUGUAGCCACUGUUGCGGUUUGAGUCUCUCCCACUCCCGUUUCAUGUAAAUAUUUCUCCAAAUGGUUUCACAUCCUGUGAUGGCUCCUCCGUUUGCUCCAAGUCCUAAUUCAGUGACUCAUAUGUGCAGACCUGUGGUAGUUUACUCAGCUGCCACAGAGAUGGGAAUAAAUAAACUUAAUGAGAUGGGAUGUUACAACCUAAACUGGAGUCUGGUCUGUCUCAUUGUGCCUCGUUUCCGGAUUUGAAAAAAAGUGGUUGUACAUUUAAACUAGGGAAAUUAAUCAAUACAUGGUAAGAGUGUUGACCUGUAAAACCAAAAUUCUUACACAAAAAGACGAUCUCUUUGGCGUCUGAGCCAGCUCUCUGACUCCAGAUACUUUGACCUCACGCUGUUACUCUGUUAAAAAGUCUUAGAUAGAAAAAUCCAGUGAGUUAUUUGGGGAAUCUGUCCAUAAUAAAUUAUAUAUACAUACACACAUAAAUAAAUAUAUAUAUCUUUGUAUGAUGUAGAAAUUGUAUGCUCUGUGACCUUCGGUCUUUGCCCAAUCUCUCUCCUCACCCUGUACUUGGUUGGUCACAUUGUAUCAGAAGAAAAUGCUUUGAUGUGUAAUUGAUUAGACUGGCGUGUGUGAUAAAUUUGUUUCUAAUCUCAGUUGUUCAAUGUAUGAAAUUCAAUUAUUACUGUGGUGCUACUGCGCCCAGGUAAGCUAUUAAACUGUCACAAGAGAAAUUUCUAUUUAUGAUUCUGAUUUGAUUGACAUCCGCUUUGUGUUGAAAUUUGAUUUAUUUUUUUUCUCUCCUCCACGUUCCACCCCUCGGGUUAUGAUUUUGUUGUAGCGAUGAGAAUCCUUGAGCUUGAGUUAUUUAAGGCUUUUUGUAACUUGUGCCUGUCACAGUAAUUUGCCUUCAAGUGCUUUGGAAAAAAAGUAAUUUCUGUGUGUACUUUGUAAUGUUUUGUAAGGCUGUUUUAGAUUUUUUGGCGGAGGAUUAUUUUUUAUUGAACUAGAUUUGGUUCUUCUUACAAGUAUACUGAACCCUUAUUUUUGUGCAUUUUUAAACCUGUUCUUGACUACACUUUAACUAGCCUAAGGACAGAUGGUCUGUAAUAAACUGCAUAGUUCCGCUGUAUUUUGUACUUGGUCACAAUGUUUAAUAAAUUGGUGUAAACCAAAA